AGAACUCUUCUCGGUGUUCCCUACUCUAGGCUCAGGCAGCCGCCGCCGCCGCCGCCGCCCGCCGGAGCCGCCAUGUUGGUUUGAGAGGCGAUGACAGGAGGUGGCUGCUGCGUCUCGAGCUGAAAAGUGGAGGCGCAGCAGCAGCAGCAGCAGCAGCUGGGGGAGGAGGAGGAGGAGGAGGAGGACGGCGCUGAGAAAAAACCGGAACCGGGCUGUAGCGGGGGGAGAAGCACUGCUCCCAGCGGCGUCCGGCCUUGAUCCACCUAACUGAGGACUAAAGGCACGGGGGAGGUGCGCAGAGUAGACGUGCACGAAAAAGAGAGAGAGAGAGAAAGAAGAAAAGAGUCCUGAGAAGCCGGAGACGAUGACUCCCAAGACUCGGCUUGGCUGCUGCUGCUGCUGCUGCCGUCGGUGGGCGACCCCCACGGCCGCUUAAUCCUCAGGGGAGUGCGGGGGUUUCCUGUCCCGCCCGGCCCGGCCCGGCCCGGCCCAGUCCGGCUCGGUCCGGCCCCCUCCUCGCUCCUACCUUUUCCCCUCCCCCAUCUCUUCCCUCCCCCUGGGCUUUCGCUUUUGCCACUCACAAGUUAAAGGUUCUUUCUGCCUCUGUUUUUGAAUCCCUCCACCCCCACCCCUACCCCCUCUAGCCCCUGGAGUGAAAGUUGAGCUGCUGCGUCCCUCCCUCGCCCCCAACCCGAGAUAUUCCGACCUUCCCCCACCCCUCAGCCCCAGGGUUUUUCCAUCUCAAAGUCUCCCUGUCCGAGAGUUGUGCGCGUUUCUGGGUGCUCUGGGACUGGUCCGGCUCUCCAGCUAUUUCUUACUCUGCAUGUGUAUCUGCAUAGUUAUCUAUGUACACAUCGGGACAUUUUUUUCUCCUGCUUAAUGAGGACUUGACUCGGGAGCCACUGUGAAUCAUUCUCUGGGCUGGCAAAGGAGGAAGGAAGAUUUAACCCCCUCCCACCCCACUUCAUGUCCAUGUCUCAUUCGGCUUGGUCUACCUGGCACGGUUGGUACUGUUGCUGCUCCUGCUGCUGACAGGGAUCUGCUGCCAUCUCUGGAGUUUUGCUCUUGACACAGAGACAGUUCCUGUGGAUUUUGCUUUCUUUCUUUUUUUUUCUUCAUCAGAACCUCUACCAGUCCAACAAUCUUUUUCUUAAAACAAGUUUCUUUUGAAAGCACAUUACCAACUUAAGUCAAAAUUGGCAAAGGAGCUAUUUUUGUGGCUUGAAGAUCUCUGUAUUUUUAUUUAAUCUUCAGGGUAUUUAUCAAACAGCAAGAUGUCCAGUAAUGUUCCGGCUGAUAUGAUAAAUUUACGACUCAUCUUAGUGAGUGGAAAAACUAAAGAAUUCCUGUUUUCUCCUAAUGAUUCAGCAGCAGAUAUUGCAAAGCAUGUGUAUGACAAUUGGCCAAUGGACUGGGAAGAAGAACAGGUUAGCAGUCCAAACAUUCUUCGACUUAUUUAUCAAGGACGAUUUCUACAUGGAAAUGUGACACUAGGAGCAUUAAAACUUCCUUUUGGCAAAACAACAGUGAUGCAUUUGGUGGCUAGAGAGACAUUACCAGAACCAAACUCUCAAGGUCAGAGGAACCGUGAAAAGACCGGAGAAAGCAAUUGUUGUGUGAUCCUGUAAAAUGCUGAUGUUUCUGCUAAGUGUGGUGUCAUAUAAGUCUUUGUCUUUCAUGCUGCUGAGAUAGAAGAGAUCCAACAUUGCUUCAGACAUGCUUAGGAACAGUCUGUAAAUCCAUGGAACUGAAAAUAUUACAUGAACACUGUUGUUGCAUUUUCUCUUGCAAGAAGAGAUUCAAGAACAUUUUCACUUUGACUUUUUAUUUCUAGUUAUUUUUAUGUUGAGCAAUCUUAUAAUUCAUUGGUUUUUGAAUGCAGUCAAUCCAGGAGAAAAUGUUAACAUGUUAUCUUCCACAGCAGAAACCAUUUUGCUGCCAUAAAAAUUUUCAUCCAGAGAACUAAUAAAUCAAGUGUUCCAAAUGCAAUUUGCACUAAAACUGGUUGACAUUAUUUCAUUAUUUUCAUCAACAGAAUUUGUAACUCUGUUCAUGACACCUAGAAAUAAUCUAUUAUAAAUUCCAUACUGGAAAAACAUUCAACAAUUAAUAAUGUUCAUCAUUGGCCAACUUUUUUUUUUUUUUUUUUUUUUUUAAGGAGAAGGGGCAGGAGAAAAAUGGAAAUUAAACUAAACUGUUCAGUGAAUUCUACCAAAGUUAACCUUGGUGGCAACACUGGCAUAGGUUAUUUACUAAACUGAGUGACUCUAUUUUAACUGCAACAAAUGAAAAAACAAUGUGCCUGUUAAUUAAAGCACUCUGCAGAGAGCUGUUUAAUUGUUUUCAUUAAUGAUGUGCACUCUUUGGUCAUACAAUAGUUGAGUGCUUGUUCAUACAGCACAAUUAGGGCAAAGAGUGUUUUCUAGCCUUAAUAUGGGAGGGGUAAUUUCCUGUAGUCCAUAGGCUUUUAUUAUUGUGCGUAACUAUUAGAAAACCUCAUCUACUGAUCAGUUUUAUGUAUUUGAAUAUCAGCAAAUUGAUGGUUUUUUCCAGUAAUUUUUUCUCAUCUGUACCUUAGUGUCCGAUGUCAUGCUUACUCAUUAGACAUUUCAAACAAAUUCUUAAUAUUAAAAAAAAAAAAAAACCCUCUUUGACAUAGUACUAGUUUUGUUUAUGUAAUCUACAUUUGGUAUUAGUGCUUGCAAUUGUAUUAAAAUCAAAAGCUGAUUUUUAAGGCAUACAUGAUUUAAAGGGAUGCCAUUCUUUUGUUUCAUACCAAUAAUUUAAAACUUGAUAUGCUCAAGAAAUUUGCACAGCACUAAAGCAUGAGCUAGUUUCAUCUAAAUCUGUAAAAAUAUAAAAGAUUUUAUAUUUUUUCACUGGGAAGAAAUUCUUCCUGGGUGAAAUUACAAAUAUGUGUAGAAUAUAUUUAAUAAAAAUCUUAUAAAAUACUUAACUAUAGAAUUUAAAUAUAGAUUGGCGUGUAGUAUAAUAGAACAAUAUUCCAUAUAAAUAGCUUUAGCUUUCACACAAAUUAAAGUCACAGGCGGACCUUGUGUUCUGUAUUUAAUAAGUGUCCACAGCCCUUAAACAUACAGGUAAACGUUUCCAGAUGGUCAACAUCAUUUAAAUGUAAUCAGGUUAUUUUAUUCAUUGUUAUUGCUUUGAUGAAAAGGCUUUAUAUGCAGUAGAUCUACAAAAGUAUUGUUCAUACUGAUCAGAAUUAAAUUUGUAUAGAGCAGAGUUUUAAAACAAAUUGUAAAUAGUACUAAACAUUUUCUUUCUGCAACCUGUACUGAUAAAAUCCUUCUGUAAACUAAAUAAAAGAAUAUUGUAGUGCA